CGCUGCCACACACUGCACCCUGCCCUACUGGAUACAUAUAUGCCUGGACCACAUCGCACACAGGAUAUUCCCAAGAAUAUCUCCAGUUUCUACAGUGCCUCAACGCAAUAACUUCCAUCCGCAUUCCAGUCAAAGCAGGAGCAGCAGCCACUGAUGGCCAACCCGAAUCCAGAGGUGUCAGGGGGAGGGGAACAGAAGGUGGCCCAGGGGGAGAACGCCGAGGUUGGGAAGCCUGCAGUCCCCACCUGCCAGCAGAAGGCCAAGGCCCGGCUCCUACUGUUACUGUCCUACUUCUCAGGAGACAUGGAGGUGUUUGCAGAGUGGAUGAAGAAACAGUUCUUCCUGCUCCAGCUGUUAGACUGGGUUCUCCGUGGUGCUGCCCAGGUCAUGUUUGUCAACAACCCUCUGAGUGGCCUGGUGAUCUUUGCUGGGCUGAUCCUGCAGAACCGCUGGUGGGCUCUCAACGGCUUCGUGGGCACACUCUUCGCCACCAUCUCUGCCCUCAUACUGCAACAGAGCAGGGGUGCGAUCGCAGCGGGGCUAUAUGGUUACAAUGGGAUCUUGGUGGGGCUGCUGAUGGCUGUGUUCUCUAACGCUGGAGACUGGUACUGGUGGCUCCUACUGCCCAACAUCGUCAUGUCUAUGACCUGCCCUAUAGUGUCCAGUGCGUUGGCGUCCAUUAACAGUCGUUGGGACCUGCCAGUGUUCACUCUUCCCUUCAACAUCCUGGUGUGUCUCCACAUGGUGGCUACAGGCCACUACAACCACUACUUCCCCCAAGUCCUCAUCCAGCCACGCACAGAACUAGCCAACAUCACCUGGGCUGAGGUCGACGUAGCUAAGCUGUUUACAGCAGUGCCAGUAGGUAUAGGCCAGGUGUAUGGGUGUGAUAACCCCUGGACAGGAGGAAUCUUCAUGAUCGCUCUCUUCAUUUCCUCUCCCAUCACCUGUGCUCACGCUACCAUUGGAUCCGCAGUCGGCAUGGUCUCAGGUCUGGCCCUGGCGGCUCCAUUUGAGGCUAUCUACUUUGGUCUGUGGGGGUAUAACUGUGUUCUAGCCUGCAUCGCUAUCGGAGGGAUGUUCUACGCUCUCACCUGGCAGGUACACUUGCUGGCAAUCACCUGUGCGUUCUUCUGUGCAUAUCUGGGCUCAGCCAUCACUAAUGUCAUGUCCACAUUUGGCCUGCCAGCCUGCACCUGGCCCUUCUGUCUCUCCGCCCUCACCUUCCUUCUGUUUACCACGGAAACCAACACCAUCUUCAAGCUACCGCUGGCUAACGUGGCCUACCCCGAGAGGAACCUGCGCUUCUUCUGGAAGCUCCGCAAGAAGGAGAAGCUGGAGAGAGAGGAGAAGGAGAGAGCGGAAGAGAAGAAAAGAGAUAAGGAAAAGUGCAGGGCAAAGGAGCAGGAGCUGAUAGGUCACGAUAAAGAGGUGCUGAGGAUUGAGAUGGAGAGAAUGGAUGGGAAAGAGAAGCGUGAUGGUAUGGAAAGCAAGCACAUUAAUUACAUUAUGAUUCAGGAGAGAGAGAUGAUGGAGGGGGCCUUGAGUGAAGUGAGCAGCAUGGAAAAUGUCUGAGCUCAACAACAGACUCCAGAUGUUUUACUAUGUACAGUGCUAUGAAAAAGUAUUUGCCCCCUUUCUAAUUUUCUCCACUUU